AUGACGUACGCGUUGCUCCUUGCCAUUUUCGUUAGCUGUUCGCUGGGCACUUCUGCAGCCCCGACGCCGUCAUCCCUCUCUAAUCGGCCACAACUUUGCAAUCAGGAGACCCCGUGGAGAUGCACUUGCAAAGAAUGCUGGGAUAAAUUCCGAAGUGAAUUCAGCGCCGUCGAAUGGGUAAGCCUUCGCCUCGAUGAAUGCACACGGGCGGCACCGGAUCAGCUGAGCGAAAAGCUGGCCGCGUGGUUGAAUGAGGAGUGCGGAUCAUUUGUGACGUGCCCGUUGGAGCUACCGGUUUCCCGUCGACAGCUAAUAAUCGGCCAUUGGGGAUGCGAUGCGGACAAUGCGACGACACAAAUCCGACUCCUUCUCCGCAGCCGCCUCAGCAACACCACGCUUCUUAGCACCGAGGAAACGGCACCUGGAUGGCUUCUCGGGCAGAUGGUACGCUCGCGACAGCACCUGCUCGCUUUCCUGCUUCAUGCCGGCCUAGAGUCGGUCGAUGUUCAGCGACCGCUAGCCGAAACGACCCCACCAAUUGUCGCGACCACGACUACCGCAAUCGAGUCGGAAGCCAUCGAAAGCCACGCCUCUAACCUCAACUUUCUGAUCACGACGUCUCUCAUGUUCAUUGUGAUCCUUUUAACGUUGCUCCUCAUCUUCCUCUGCACCCAAAAUGUCGCCAAUUGGACCCGAGUAGUCAGGGGGAAAUGGCGGCAUCAGGCCUACAAAAAGGUCAACACACCGGACGCGAUCAUGUCCUCCCAG